CGACUGCAAGGCUGCAGCGCCAGCGAGCAAGAAGGAACCUGCUCGCACCGUUUCGCCCUGAUCUCCUCGCUGCCGGGCGCCGCCGCCGCCGCUUGUUCUUCCUCCUCCUCCUCCUCCCCACCACCCCCGACCCCUCCCGGGUCACGCCCUCUCUGCGCACCGGCGACGCGGGGCGGAGGACAACUCCAAACCCGCCACCCAAACCCCCGAGAACCAUCACCAAAAUCAGCUCGGGGGGAGGGUGGCCAGAGCACCCCGCUCCAAUCACGCCAUGAAGGGAGAGGCAGGCGGAAAUUUCACAGUUUUAGAUAACCAAAGCUAAUUUAAGUACAGUAUGCUUAAAAGGAAACAGAGUUCAAGGGUAGAGGCCCAGCCAGUGACAGACUUUGGUCCCGAUGAAUCUUUGUCAGACAACGCUGAUAUCCUGUGGAUUAAUAAACCAUGGGUGCACUCUUUACUACGCAUCUGUGCCAUCAUCAGUGUUAUUUCGGUCUGCAUGAACACCCCAAAGACCUUCGAACAUUAUCCUCCUCUUCAAUAUGUGACCUUUGCUCUAGAUACACUACUGAUGUUUCUCUACACAGCAGAGAUGAUAGCAAAGAUGCACAUCCGUGGCAUAGUCAAGAUGGAGUUGGGAAAAGGUUGGAGGUUAACCACACCACAGCCAUUUCAGAUGUUCAAGGGGGAUACUUCCUAUGUGAAGGACCGCUGGUGUGUGUUUGAUGGAUUCAUGGUAUUUUGUCUUUGGGUGUCAUUAGUUUUACAGGUGUUUGAAAUUGCUGAUAUAGUUGAUCAAAUGUCACCUUGGGGCAUGUUGAGGAUCCCUCGUCCGCUUAUUAUGAUUCGAGCAUUCCGGAUCUAUUUCCGCUUUGAGUUGCCGAGAACCAGGAUAACCAACAUUUUAAAGCGCUCAGGUGAACAAAUUUGGAGUGUUUCAAUAUUCCUUCUGUUCUUUCUGCUUCUGUAUGGAAUUCUGGGAGUUCAGAUGUUUGGACCUUUCACGUAUCAUUGUGUGACAAAUGAUACAAAGCCAGGAAACAUAACCUGGAAUAAUCUGGCAAUUCCGGAUACACACUGUUCGAAACCAUCUGAAGAAGGUUACCAGUGCCCCCCAGGAUUUGAAUGCUUGGACCUUGAAGAACUAGGGUUAAGCAGGCAAGAGCUGGGCUACAGUGGCUUUAAUGAGAUAGGUACAAGCAUCUUUACUGUUUACGAAGCUGCUUCUCAAGAAGGCUGGGUCUUCCUGAUGUACCGAGCAAUCGACAGCUUCCCCCGAUGGCGCUCUUACUUCUAUUUCAUCACCUUAAUUUUCUUCCUUGCUUGGCUUGUUAAGAAUGUAUUUAUUGCUGUCAUCAUUGAGACAUUUGCUGAAAUCCGAGUGCAGUUCCAACAGAUGUGGGGAUCCAGGAGCAGUACAACUUCGACAGCUACGACACAGAUGUUUCAUGAAGAUGCUACAGGAGGAUGGCAGCUAGUAGAUGUUGAUGUGAAUAAGCCUCAGGGCAGAGCUCCAGCAUGUUUGCAGAGAAUGAUGAGGUCCUCAGUUUUCCAUAUGUUUAUCCUGAGCAUGGUGGCAGUAGAUGUCAUUGUUGCAGCUAGCAAUUAUUACAAGGGAGAGACUUUUAAGAGCCAAUACGAUGAAUUCUACCUUGCAGAGGUUGCAUUUACGGUCCUGUUUGAUCUGGAAGCGCUUCUGAAGAUCUGGUGCCUGGGAUUUACUGGCUACAUCAGUUCAUCUCUGCACAAAUUUGAGCUGCUGCUGGUUAUUGGAACUACUCUUCAUAUUUAUCCAGACCUCUACCAUUCACAGUUUACAUAUUUUCAGGUUCUCAGGGUAGUUCGACUUAUAAAGAUUUCUCCUGCUCUGGAAGACUUUGUGUAUAAGAUUUUUGGACCUGGGAAAAAACUUGGGAGUUUAGUUGUAUUUACUGCCAGCUUAUUAAUUGUAAUGUCAGCAAUCAGUUUGCAGAUGUUCUGUUUUGUGGAAGAACUAGACAGAUUUACAACAUUUCCAAGGGCUUUUAUGUCCAUGUUCCAGAUCCUUACACAGGAAGGAUGGGUAGAUGUCAUGGAUCAAACUCUUAAUGCUGUAGGGCAUAUGUGGGCACCUGUUGUCGCUAUCUACUUCAUACUUUAUCAUCUUUUUGCUACCCUGAUUCUGCUGAGUUUGUUUGUUGCUGUUAUUUUGGACAACUUGGAACUUGAUGAAGAUCUAAAGAAACUUAAGCAACUGAAGCAAAGUGAGGCGAAUGCAGAUACCAAGGAAAAGCUCCCACUGCGCCUACGGAUCUUUGAAAAAUUCCCUAACAGACCUCAAAUGGUAAAAAUCUCAAAGCUCCCUUCGGAUUUUACAGUCCCCAAAAUAAGGGAAAGCUUUAUGAAGCAAUUUAUUGAUCGACAGCAGCAAGACACAACUUGUUUACUGAGAAGGCUUCCAUCAGCUUCUUCCUCCUCAUGUGACCAUUCUAAAAGGUUGGCAAUUGAAGACAACAAAUACAUUGACCAGAAGCUCCGCAAAUCCGUUUUCAGCAUUAGAGCAAGAAACCUUCUGGAAAAGGAGACUGCAAUCAAUAAAAUUCUUAGGGCCUGUACACGCCAGCGCAUGUUGAGUGGAUCCUUUGAGGGGCAGCCUGCAAAAGAAAGAUCAAUACUUAGUGUCCAGCAUCAUAUACGUCAAGAACGCAGGUCACUAAGACAUGGCUCCAACAGUCAGCGAAUCAGCAGAGGAAAAUCGCUUGAAACUCUAACUCAAGAUCAUUCUAAUACAGUGAGGUACAGAAACGCACAGAGAGAAGACAGCGAGAUAAAAAUGAUCCAAGAAAAGAAGGAACAGGCAGAAAUGAAAAGGAAAGUCCAGGAAGAAGAGUUACGAGAGAAUCACCCCUAUUUUGACAAGCCUCUGUUCAUUGUUGGCCGUGAACACAGAUUCAGAAAUUUCUGCAGAGUGGUUGUGCGAGCUCGCUUCAACGCCUCUAAAACAGACCCUGUUACUGGAGCAGUGAAAAAUACCAAAUAUCAUCAACUUUAUGAUUUGCUGGGAUUGGUUACAUAUCUGGACUGGGUAAUGAUCAUUGUCACUAUAUGCUCUUGCAUUUCAAUGAUGUUUGAAUCUCCCUUUCGAAGAGUGAUGCAUGCGCCAACACUUCAGAUCGCUGAAUAUGUUUUUGUAAUAUUCAUGAGCAUUGAACUUAAUUUGAAGAUUAUGGCUGAUGGCUUGUUUUUUACUCCAACGGCAGUCAUAAGAGACUUUGGAGGUGUCAUGGAUAUAUUUAUAUAUCUUGUAAGCUUGAUAUUUCUCUGCUGGAUGCCGCAAAACGUCCCUGCGAAGUCAGGAGUUCAGCUCUUAAUGGUGUUACGGUGUCUCCGGCCACUUCGGAUAUUUAAGCUGGUGCCUCAGAUGAGAAAGGUGGUCCGAGAACUAUUCAGCGGCUUCAAGGAAAUCUUUCUUGUUUCCAUUCUUUUGCUGACAUUGAUGCUUGUUUUUGCAAGCUUUGGAGUUCAGCUUUUUGCUGGGAAACUGUGUUCUUUUAAUAAUUUAGAAAUACUUUAUAAAGCCCUGUUUCUUCUUUUAUGUAAGUGGGAUGAUCAAGACCCCGUUACCGGUCCUUUAGCAGCAAUGUCCGUCGUCUUCACCUUCAUUUUUGUUCUUGAGGUUACCAUGAAAAUUAUUGCUAUGUCACCUGCUGGAUUUUGGCAGAGCAGAAGAAAUCGCUAUGAUCUCUUGGUGACAUCUUUAGGAGUCAUUUGGGUGAUACUCCACUUUGCCCUAACUAAUGCCUAUACAUACAUGAUGGGUGCAUGCGUAAUUGUCUUCAGGUUCUUCUCGAUCUGUGGGAAACAUGUGACCCUGAAGAUGCUGCUUCUGACAGUGGUUGUCAGCAUGUACAAGAGCUUUUUCAUCAUAGUAGGGAUGUUCCUGCUGUUACUUUGCUAUGCUUUCGCAGGAGUAGUUUUAUUUGGCACUGUAAAAUAUGGAGAGAACAUCAACAGGCAUGCCAACUUUUCAUCAGCUGGUAAGGCCAUUACUGUACUCUUCAGAAUAGUCACUGGGGAAGACUGGAACAAGAUCAUGCAUGACUGCAUGGUUCAACCUCCUUUUUGUACUCCAGAUAACAGAACAUACUGGAAGACAGAUUGUGGAAACUAUGCUGGUGCUCUUAUGUAUUUCUGUUCGUUUUAUAUCAUCAUUGCAUACAUAAUGCUAAAUUUGCUUGUGGCUAUCAUUGUGGAAAAUUUCUCGCUGUUUUAUUCCACGGAGGAAGACCAGCUCUUAAGUUACAAUGAUCUUAGACAUUUCCAAAUUAUAUGGAACAUGGUUGAUGACAAAAGAGAGGGAGUGAUUCCCACCUUCCGAGUCAAGUUUUUGCUGAGGUUGCUACGUGGAAGGUUGGAGGUGGAUCUGGACAAGGACAAACUUUUGUUCAAGCACAUGUGCUAUGAAAUGGAAAGGCUGCAUAAUGGGGGAGAUGUAACAUUCCACGAUGUACUGAGCAUGCUCUCCUACAGAUCUGUUGACAUCAGAAAAAGUCUUCAGCUGGAAGAACUGCUUGCCAGGGAACAAUUGGAAUACACCAUAGAAGAAGAAGUAGCCAAACAGACUAUCCGCAUGUGGUUGAAGAAGUGCUUGAAGCGCAUUAGAGCAAAACAGCAGCAGUCAUGCAGCAUUAUCCAUAGUCUCCGAGAAAGUCAACAACAGGAGCUUAGCCGUUUCCUAAAUCCACCAAGCAUUGAGACAACACAACCAAGUGAAGACAUGAAUGCUAAUAACCAGGAUAACAGUACACAGCCUGAGACAAGUAGUCAACAACAGCUCCUUAGUCCAACGCUGUCUGACAGAGGUGGAUAUCGGCAAGACUCUACUGAUGGUGGUAAACCUCAGCGGAAGUUUGGGCAAUGGCGUUUGCCAUCAGCUCCAAAGCCAAUAAGCCAUUCAGUGUCUUCAGUCAACUUACGGUUUGGUGGCCGUACAACUAUGAAGUCUGUUGUGUGCAAGAUGAAUCCCAUGUCAGACGUGGCUUCUUGUGGAUCAGAAGUCAAGAAAUGGUGGACAAGACAACUCACUGUGGAGAGUGAUGAGAGUGGUGAAGACCUGCUUGAUAUAUGAUCAGAAAAAGAUGCCAUUUCAAAUCACACUUAUGCAACAUUCCUUUGGAAUUAAAUCGUUUUCCUGGUUUUCAAAUUGCCGUUCCUAUUGACUGACCAUUUAUAUCAAGAGAAGCCUUCAACUUGACAAGAUAUACGACUUACUUAUUUUUUAAUCCUUGUUUGAUUAUUAAUGUAAGAGAAAACAUCAAAAAAGGUAGUGUUCAUAAAAAGCAAGGACAGUUUUGUUUGGUUUUUCCCUUAGACCCAAGAAUCAUUAGUUUAACUCCCGGAUCUCAGCAGGGCUUUCUGUCUUUCAACAGCCCCUCUACAUCACAUCCCAAGCUGGUUUUGAGAUAUGGUGGGUCUUUAAAAUUGGAUUGAUAUUGCUUGGUCCAAAUUGGGGGGGAUUAUAAACCAAUAGCUGUUGUCGAAAAAAUGGGCAUGCAAUUAUGCCACAGUUCUUUACAAUUCAAAAAUAUAGGUGAUGACGGGAGGACUUUCUUUUGGUUGGUAUGGGAGAAAUUUGCUGUGAAACUCAAAAAAUACCCCAAAGAAAAUAUUUGUAUGGAAAUGUUGUGUUAUUGUUUCAGUACUUUGGAGCUUUCGUUUUAGACAGACAGGCAAACAUAAUUUAUUCAUAGUUUAUUAUGUGCUUUUGUUUAUGGGUGCCAAUUGGUUGAUUUAUUUUUCUUUGUUGACUGUGAGUGUUGUUUUUGUCUAUAAACAAAAUAGUUUGUAAGGAGGAUGCUAUUGGGGGGGAAAUCAAGUCCUUACAGGGCAUGUACAAUUAAGGAAAUAGACCUGAUUGCAGCCAGUGUUUCAUAUUUGAGAAGUUUCACUCUAUGCGUUCAGAGGACUUGUGGAAGUGUUGCUUCUGCCCUAGUCAACACUUAACCUAGCCUGGAAAUGAUCAUCACAUAGGGUACAAUGUCAUUGUUUUUGCUCUUUUUUUCUAGCCUUCUGCCUAACCAGUAUUAAUACUGAUGAACAACCUCUAGAGGUGAACAGGGAAUUCAUUCUAAAUGAAAGCAUUUUUACAAUAUACAGAUUUUGACUUGCAGAUAGCUAGCUUUUUUAAAAUAUGCAAGAUGUAGGAUAGUUUCUUUUAGCAUAUCAGAAAAUGACUAAUUGGGUUUUAUAAUCGUUUUUAAUUGUUACUGUGAAGAACUAAACACGAAUGCACAGCUGUUCUGCCCUUCCACCUGCUGAAUAGGUUUUGAGCACUGUAUUCUCUAUCAACAUCCAUCACUUCUUAAGAUUGGGACAAGGACAGUUAAAGCCUGCAUUUGGUUCAUUGUCUCCUCUCUGUAGGUCCUUCUAAACAAGUGUUUAUAGCUGUCUGAACUAAGGACUGGCUGUUUAAGGAAGAAGCUGGGAUUCUCCUGUGUGCAGUCCUAUGUGUUUUGAUGUAAGAUGCAGCACCCAUACAUCACUUGAAAUACAUCCAGAAAAGCAGCCUACUUACAAAAGUCUGGUUUUGUGCUUGAUUACUCUUGCUUAUAAAGUAAAUAAGUUUUAUUAAAUAAAUUAAAUAACCUUAUUGUUUAGAUCAGUGGUUCCCAUCCCCCCCCAAUGGAUCACUUGUUGCUUCUUUUGUUUUUUAUAUUGUUUUAUUUUAUUAUUGUAAUACAAUAAAAUAUAAGAAAUAAAAGAAGCAAUUGAAAUGCCAUUAAACAUCAAUAUCAAAAAUUAAUGUGAACAUGCCAUGGACCACUGGAAUAAAGCUGGUGGGCCACAGACCACAGUUGGGAACCUCUGGUUUAGAUAAUUCACUGUGUAAAGGACAUCACUGUUAUAUUUUUGAAGUAUGUUAAUCAUGCAAUGCUGACAUAUAAAUUAUGCCAUUUAUCAAGUUCCUUGUCCUUAUGUACACUGGAAGUGUACAUUUUUAAUUUUUAUAACAAUGAUACAAACUGUGUGUUUGGUAACGGGUUGGAUGCAGACGACAUGUUAGAGAAGCAAGACACUUGGCAGUUUUUAAAGUUCAUUUUACCUGGAUAAAUGUGAAGUCUGUUGAAUUAAAGAUACCCUGUGUGUGGAGUGGCAGCAAACAGAACAUGCAGGAGCAAAUAAUAAUAAUAAUAAUACUUAAUAAACAAAUUUAUAAAUUGUUUCAUAGCACGAAGCCACUGAAGUGGUGUACAAGCUAAAAACUGAAUAAAGCACAACUCUAAAAACAAUAAAACCAUCCCUGUAAAUUAAAUAAACAAUGAAACAAUUUCUGCAGAUAACACUUCAGUAUGCAUCAAAAUACCACACACAGAUGCAUAAGAUACAGUAGCUCCAGGGGAGAGUUAAAGGUAGCAAAAACCUUCAAAAGAAGUCAGAGAGAGACUGGCCACUGAUCUCUAACAGCUAAACCGAAAAUGAGCAAUCCCAGUAAUGAGGAUCCACCAACAGGGGGGAAUGACCUGUCCAGGGGAAAGGAAGAAAAAGACAAAUCAAUCAUUUUCCUGGAUCUGGUUCUGUAUUUGCAAAAUUAAUUUGCAAACAAGUUUAUGAAGAACCUAUUUUGGGUACUUCUGAAAGGCAACUCAUCCAACCUCCAUACAAUUGCAUAUACAGUAUAACCUCCAUACAACUGCAUAUAUAAAAUUAAAAUAGCCUGGUUUAUAAAUACAAAAUGGAUUGACUUGUGUUUGCACUGAGAUAAGUAUAAUAGGUACUCCAAGAUAAAAGUUUGCAAGGUGUUUUGGAGUGAACAUCAAAACAAUUUGCUAAUACUACCAGCAAGUGGAAUACUCCCUUGUAUGUUUUGUUUAGCACUUUGUAUGUUACUCAAGAAAUACUGAGCACAAGUGUGCAGCAUAUAAGGGUUGGUUUAACAUUUCAAACUUCAGUCAUGUUCUUACUUCGUUUGGCAUAUUUUUGUAAUGUCAUAAAAGAAGAAGAAAAUAAUGCAAUUUUCUGGCAUUACUGAGGCUGUGAUUAUAUGCUAACCUACCUAGAAGCCCCACCCAAUAUAGUGAGUCAUACUUCCAAGCACACAAGAAUUGGAUUUCACUUAAAAGUAAUCACUGAACCUCUUUCUCCAGUAUAGCUGCAUGUCAUACAGGUAGCAUGACCAAACAGUGAUGAAUAAUAGCCAUCUUAUUACUUCUACAAUACAAUUAAAUGUAUUGUGAGAGGCAGGGGGGAAUGGCAGGGUUCUGACACCUUCAUAAAAACAACAGUCCUUUUAGGAUUUUAUAUCUGUUUCCCAACCUCAUCUACCUUGGGAUAUGGGACCUUUGCCACUACCAUUAUUUCCUAUGGAAAUUAUGUUGCACUACCAUGGCCUGGCCUGGAUCUUCUGAGACGCACCAGAAACAUAAGAUUUCAUGAAUAAAACAGGAACUUUAACAACUUGGAAAUUGUCCAUGUUCCUUAGUAGCCUUAUGGACAAAAACGGGGGGGGGGGGAAACCCAGCAACAAUGAAUGAUAAGAGUUGUUUUGGGUUUUAUUCCUGCUUUUGCUUUUAAUGCAAAAUAUAUAUUUGAAUCAAUAGAAGGAUUUCCAUUCUCAAUCUACCCUUUGGCCACAUGUUAUUUUAAAUGCUAUGGUCUUUAGCGCAUUAUGAUGUACUCAUCUGUGUGUGUAUUUCACUGUUUAGAUUAGGAAGAAGUCGAAGUCCCUAUGAUGUUGUUUCUUAAGUCUGUGCAUUCUGUUGUUUAAACUAGAUUGCAGCAAAGAGCUUCGGAAAAUGUCACUCCGGUCAUUUUUGAGGACAACAUUUUGUCUUUUUCUUUUUUGUCUAUUUGAACUUAAGGUCUGUACAAAAAAAUAAAAAUAAAAACCUAAGCUGACAGCAGGAGGGUUGUUGGGUUUAUAAAAUAUGUUUUCUUGAACUUUCAAUAACGUGCUGAAUUGCAGAACCUUUCUGAGUUGUUUCUUAAGGCAAAUGUUCUUUCUCAACCUCUGGCAAACAUUAGCCCUUUGCCAUAUGGUGUCAAGAAAAGGCAGUUGCUUCCAGUGAUGCCUUUCCUCACAUUUUCAUUCUUGAUUCAUUUGCUACAGAUUAUUCGCAGGUUCAAAGCAGUAUUUCACAAUUUUAUUUUGUUAGUGCAGUUUGCCAGUCAUUUGGGGUUUCCUUUUUCAGUCAACAGAGUCACCCAGUCCUACGGAAUGUUCUGCCAACAGAGAUUCAUCAGGCACCUCCUGUUUAAACCUUUAAACACCUGCUGAAAACCUUUCUAUGCCACCAAGAGUAUUGCAGGUAA